GUCCUCGAAACCACCUCCUGCUUCACACAGAGAGAACAACACGUCCCCCUCUGCCACCAACAUCCACACGCUCAUACUGAUGCCGUGAUCAGGCUUGAAGAAGCCUGAUGUGUUAACUCGAGUGUUCCUUAGACAUACAGAUGCCUCUUCCUCACUCCCACUCCUUCACUCGAGGGCACUGAGGUGAAAAAAAAAACCCCGGGUGCUAUUAAUAGCUGGAUGCCAGACCAAGCUGAUGGACAGCGCUGAAGUCAAACUCUUGUCUAACAUUAUUUAAAUCCUGCCUUCAGUUCUUUUCGGACUAUUCCUUUUUUUUUCCCUCUCUGAGCCUAAACUUGGACUUCAGUGGAAGAUUUCCAACUCUGGUUUUGGGUGGAAACAGCCUUUCCCAUUUGACGAUGCAGUUUUUUUUUUCCCCCUCCUUGCUCACGUAAUUGCUUGCGUAUUAGCACUAAUUGGAGGUAGGAGGUUAUUGGAACUUACUGGAUCAACCCGCGAUGGAAUGGAGCGUGUGGGUUGCAGGAGCUGAGGAGACCUCCCUUUGCUUGGUUGACGAGUUCUGGAGACCUUAUUUCGCCUCGGCUCCACUCUUGGACCUUCAUGAACAAGAAGAGGGAUUAGUAUAUUCAGACUUGGCUCAGCCUAUUGAGCAUAUUUAGCCUCAGCUCAACUCCUCUGGAUCUUCAUGCUCUCUAGUUUGAUCGAUUCCCUUUUAGGAUGCGGCGCUUUGCCAAGCUCAAAAAAACCUUCCCGUUUCUUGCACAUUUCCAUGUGUACAAAAAGCUGGGCAGCAGCAUGCAGUGUGAAGAAGGUACCGAGUGGCUCCUGGAGCUGCUGAUGGAGGUCCAGCUGCAGCAGUAUUUCCUGCGAAUCCGCGACGACCUCAACGUCACGCGCCUGUCACACUUCGACUACGUCAAGAACGAGGACCUCGAGAAGAUCGGAAUGGGUCGACCCGGACAGAGACGGCUGUGGGAGGCGGUGAAGAGGAGAAAAGUGAUGUGUAAGCGCAAGUCUUGGAUGAGUAAGGUGUUCAGUGGGAAGAGGCCAGACGGGGAUUUCCAGCCACAGGCGACCAGCACUUUCCGGAAGCUUUCGAGCAGUCCUCCACCUGCAGACAGCCAGCAACAGGCACUCACCUGCCUGAUCAGCGAGAAAGAGCUGGUGCUGUGCGAGAAGCUCGGAGACGGCUCAUUCGGCGUGGUGAAGCGUGGAGAGUGGGUCACCCCGGGGGGAAAAGUGUUGAAUGUGGCAGUGAAGUGUCUGAAGACGGAUGUCCUGAACCAGCCAGAUGCUCUGGACGACUUCAUCCGUGAGGUCAACGCCAUGCACUCACUCGACCACCAGAACCUCAUCCGUCUCUACGGAGUCGUCCUCACACACCCCAUGAAGAUGGUAACAGAGCUGGCUCCUCUUGGCUCUUUGCUGGAUCGUUUGCGGAAGACCCAGGGCCACUUCCUCAUCUCCACUCUGUGCCAUUACGCCAUCCAGAUCGCUAAUGGUAUGGCCUACCUGGAGACCAGGCGCUUCAUCCACCGCGACCUAGCUGCCCGCAACAUCCUGCUGGCCUCCAGCGAGCUCGUCAAGAUCGGAGACUUCGGCCUGAUGAGGGCGCUGCCCAGCAACGAUGAUCAUUAUGUCAUGCAGGAGCACCGCAAGGUCCCUUUCGCCUGGUGUGCCCCAGAGAGCCUGAAGACACGCACCUUUUCCCACGCUACGGACACGUGGAUGUUCGGGGUAACUCUGUGGGAGAUGUGUACCUACGGUCAGGAGCCGUGGCUCGGCCUCAACGGCAGUCAGAUCCUCCAUAAGAUCGAUAAGGAGGGUGAGAGGCUGCCAAAGCCUGAGGACUGUCCCCAGGAUAUCUAUAACGUCAUGCUGCAGUGCUGGGCGCAGAAACCUGACGACAGGCCGACGUUCAUGGCUCUCCGAGAGUUCCUGGUGGAGACCAUGCCGACUGACAUGAGGGCGUUGCAGGACUUCGACGAGCCUGACAAGCUGCACAUCCAGAUCAAUGACGUCAUCACGAUCAUCGAGGGCAGGGCGGAGAAUUAUUGGUGGCGAGGGCAGAACAAGCGCACACUGAAGGUGGCUCAGUUCCCCAGGAACGCAGUCACCUCUGUAGCCGGAUUGUCAGCUCAUGACAUCAGCCGGCCGCUGAAGAACAGCUUUAUCCACACGGGCCACGGAGACACCAACCCUCAACGCUGCUGGGGCUUCCCGGAUCGGAUAGACGAUCUGUAUUUGGGGAACCCCAUGGACCCGCCGGAUGUCCUCGGGCUGGAUAUGAAUGCUCCCAGGCCCACACAGCUUCCUGGGCGAGCCAGAAAGCCGAACUAUGACCCAGUUACAGAAGAUGAAGACCUGACGUCCUCUGGCCUGAGGCGCCUCUCAUUAAAAAAGCCCAACACAAAGGGCCUGAAACUAAAGCCGUCAGCUUGGAUUUCAGCCACCAAGCUGAGCGAUCGGUCCAUUUAUGGCCUCCGAAGUCCAGGAGGUGGUACUCCCACUGAGGUCUCUCUUAUAGACUUUGGAGAGGAAAUGUUCUCUUCGACCCCCUCUCCUGUUGUAGAGUCCCAGGUCCCUAGUCUCGCUAGACUCGCCCUCGAGGCAGAGAAUAUCUUGGACUGUACCCCACCCCAGAGUCCAUCCCGGUCUCUGCCUCGGCCGCUCCACCCCACCCCGGUGGUAGACUGGGACUCGAGACCUCUUCCUCCUCCUCCAGCAUAUGACGACGUAGCGCAGGACGAAGACGACAUUGAGGUAAGCUCGAUCAACAGCACAGAGAUGAGAGUUCCUGAAGAACCAGGCUCUCCUCAUGCCUCCUGCAGUCCUGCGUACGAGGAUAAACUCCGAGCAGAGGAUGAUCUCUUCCUCCCCUGCAGGCAGAGCCGGUCUCGCACCUUCUCGCAAUCAGCUGAGAUUUUCCAGGAGCUCCAGCAGGAGUGCAUGAGGCGUCUGAAUGUCCCCGUAGGCUCCAUAAGUCCUGAUCCCUACCACCAGAUCUUCCUGUCCCCCUGUGAGGACAAGCCCCAGGUCCCACCUCGAGUCCCGAUCCCACCUCGACCUCCAAAAAGCACAGGAAGCGACUGUCCACGAUGGUCACUUGACCUGUCUCCAGCUUCAUGUGGCGAGGAUGAGAAGACACGUCCGCCCCAAAUUCCCCCGAGGGAUCCGCUGUCUCAGCCGGGCUCUCGCACGCCCAGCCCCAUGAACCGUACCACACACUACCUCUCCACCUCGCCAGGCAAACUGAUGCCCACCACACAGAGCUUUGCCUCUGAUCCCAAAUAUGCUGCGCCCAAAGUUAUCCAGGCUCAGGGCAAAGACAAGGAAGCAGCCAAAGGACCCUGCAUACUGCCCAUUGUCCGAGACGGCAAGAAAGUGAGCAACACGCACUACUACCUGCUGCCUGAGAAGCCCACGUACCUAGACCGUUACGACAAGUUCUUCAAAGAGGCUGAAGAGGACGAGAGGAGGCCGGUCAACACGGCUACAGUCCGACCCAUGGUGCAGCAGCAGGGAGACACAAAAGCAAACUUCUCCUGCAACAAUAACUGCAGCCUUCCAGCCAGAGCAGGCAUGAAGAACUCUCUGAGCCUGAACAAAGUCAGCACUGAAGGGUCAGGCAGCAGAGCGGAAGGAGCAGCUCAUCCUGAUAGAGUUAAACUGGUGCAGGAAGCGGUGCACGGAGUAACGAUUGAGGAGUGUCAGACGGCCCUGCAGAACCACAGCUGGAACGUACAGAGGGCUGUGCAUUAUCUGAAGGUGGAGCAGCUCUUCUGUCUGGGUCUGAAGCCCAGGGUGGAAUGUCAUAAGAUCCUGGAGAUGUGUGACUGGAACCUGGAGCUGGCCAGCACUCAGCUUUUAGACUCCUACGGCUCAGUUAAACAGAGGCGAUGAGGAAGCUCCACAGAUGAGCACGUAGUCUUCGUCGUCUUCAUCUUCCUCAUCAAAGACUGAACUGAAGGGUGUCUAGAGAACACUAGGAACGAGAGUCUCAUCCUCCCAAAGCUGGAGUUCCCUCUCUGCUAUACCCUAGGGACUCGCGUUGUCUGCGUGUAUUCUCACACCCGAGCGUCGUCCUCCAGAAGCUCUUCUCAAGGUGCACUACUGAGUUCAGAGGUCAAACGUCCAUUGAUUUUGAAUUUUUUUUUCUCUCACUCUGUCUUGGACAGAAAAAAGGUUGAAACCAAAGUGCUGCUGUUCCUUUCAAGUUUUUAUUUGUAUUUUAUUUUAUACAGAGAUUUAUUUGAUAAAUAAUAAAAGGAGACUAUCAGAUGGAGAACUCUGAGAUAGUGUAUCAGGAGUGUAUAUAUUUUCAGAGUUUAGUUGUAGAGUUUGUAUUUGUCCAUUUCAGUCCAGUUUAUUGAAGUUGUUUGUUCAGUGUUGUGUUCUUUCCUUAUUUCUUUGUUUUUCCUGCUUUUUUUUUUAAUAUUCCAUCCAAACCUGUUGCGUUAAACCUUUUGACCCUGUGUUUGCAUUAAUUCCCAAUUUCCUUUAAUUCAGAUCAGAUUUCUAGCAAUAAUUCCAUCAAAUUAUUCACAACAUGUUCCUUAUACCUUUUAACCAAUCACUGCUGUCUGAUGUCAUCAGUGUUUACAUCUCACUCCUCCCACUCCUGAUUGCUUUCUCUAGGGGCUACGUUGCAUAUCUGAACAUUUUAUCUCACAAAAUGUGUUCACUUGUUGAAAAUGUUUUAAAAUAAAAAUCGGCUGUACUUAGUUUUUCGAAAUAAUUUAAUCUCAAAUGAACACUCACUAACUUUUUAAAAGCUCCUUAAAACGAAUUUUGCGUUCCGCAUUUCAGUUCAGGAAUAUUAAAUAAACAAUCUUGGAUUUAUUAAAAAUAUUGAAGCAGCUAGGGUAGUACAGGAUUGUGCUUAGUCUAACCUAGCUACUCAUACAGAGUACUAUGAGUGCUCUUGGUGUGUACACUGAUGUCAUCGAGUGGAAGGAUUUGGUUGAAGUAAAUGCUGUUCCUAGAACAACAGAGGAAUCCCUGAACAUGUCGUAUUUCAGGUGGAGGGAAAAAAAAUCGCAGAAAAUCCAAAUGAUUUUGCUCAAAUUGAUCAAAAGUACAGCUUGAUUUGUUCGACGUCGACAAAAUUCUCUGAGAAGUAACGCUGUUUUUUGUGUGUGUGUGUGUGAGAGAUAUAUAUACACACAGCAGACUAUACAGGGCUAGUGUGUGUUUUAGCAAAAAUAAAAUCGACAAGGAUUUAAAAAGAAACAAAACGUAGCUAAUAUUAAUAAAGUGUGGCGAGCUAGUUACGUCUAUUUAAUACGGACACAAGACGGCAAGUUUUUGGACGUGGGGUUUUGUUUUUUCAUCUCGCACCUGAAACAUUAAGAUGCAUCAAAGAGUGUUAUCAAUAAAUAGACAAACCAAAUAAGUUUUGUUUUUUGGGGAAAAAAUCAAUAACAAGUAGGGGUUUUUUUUCUUCGAUUUUUGAGUGAAGUUAAAAAAAAAAAGCGGACCAACUGUGUCUUCUUGUCUACCAGCCAGCGAUCAGUAAAAACAACUAACUUGGGCACUUCAUCUUGUCUUGGACACCGAGGCUACUCAUCUGUCCACACCUGCUAUAUAUUGAUAUUAGAUACUGGAUAUUUUUAUACUUAGAAUCUAGUCACAAACAAGAAACACACAGAGAUCGACAGCAGUGACGUGUCACUUGUCAGUGUGAACACAGGGUUAAAUUUAAAGGGCAGAAUAUUGCUCACACUUCCUCCGUGUGCCUCCUGGUGCUCUGUAUCAGACAUCUAUACGUUACCAGACCGAAUAGAAAAAGAUUGUUGCUGGGAGAAAAAUUCCAUGGACAGAUGGCACAUUCAUACAGUUUUAAUACGGUUCAGUGUUAAGCACAAACUGAGCGAACGAACGGUUUUAAAGGAAUACUCGAGCAUUUUUCAACCUUGUGUGUGUGUGUGAAGAUCUGUUUCAAUGCUGGAAAAGACCUGAAAACUCGGAAAGAGCUUGGAAAGUUAAAUUGCGUCAACACGCUUCAUAUUUAAGUUAUUCCAUGAAAUCAAGUUGUAUAUGAGCUGAUAGCCCUAUAAUCCAUGUACGACCAGAUUGAGUGGAAUAACUGUUUUAUUCUAUCCACAUUCACUGGAUUUUGAGAAACGGAGCAUUUUUAUUUUUUGCAAAUUCGAUAAAUAAAAACUUUGUACAAAAUGUCUGACAAAAUAAUUUCCGCUUAGAAUGUAAACAAACUGGUGAAAUGACAGGAGCAAUUUGUGAAAAAUGCAAUAAUAAUUCUUGAAAUUUAAAAAAAAAAAAGAUGUGUUCUUACCAUCAAACACCUUUCAUUCCUUUUUUUUGGUAUUUUUUGGAGUUUUGUUUUUGAGUAGUUUUUCUUUCAUCCUCGGUUGGUUCAGCGACACGCUCCGCCAUUUUGUUUUUCUCUACUCAUGGUAUAUGAGCGGAUAUCCUAGUAGUAGAAUAGCCAAUCAGAGCGCACGAUUGCUCAUAUCCAGAGGAUGUGGAUAGAAUCAUACUGUAUAUAACAAACUACGGUUAUUACAUUCUAACAAAUAUAAAUAUUCUUAUGGAGUUUUAUCCGACUUUUCAGUUUGAAAAUUAAGAACCAAUUCUGGUUAUUUGCGCUGCUUCUUCUGAUGGGUUUGUGGCAUCCAGGCCCCAUCAGAUCACUUCAAUGCUUGUUAGAAUUUUAUUAUUAUUGCAAAUUUCUUCUCAUCCUUCUGCAGACUUGGAGCUUAAUUUGUGAAUUAAUUUUGACGACAAAAAGUUCUAAAUAUUUUUAAUAUCCAGACAGUUUUUUUCAGUAUAGAGAAACAUUCAUUCUUGUGCCUUUCUUUUACACGACAGAUGUAAUGGAUAAAGAUGAGGUUGGAAAAUGUUUGUCGAGUAUUCUUUUAAUUUAAAACUAAUAUCUACAUGCUGUUCCACCCUGAUCAUUGUUUGAACUUUCCCCACUUACCUUCGACUGCUUUCACAUCUUUUUUUAAACCACCAGUGCACAUAUUACAUUUUUUAAACUAAAUGAAUAAUUUUAUUGUACAAAAUACAGUACUGUGCAAAAGUCUUAGGCAGCCCCCCCAGUACAAACUUUGUUAUAGAUUUCUAUUUCACGACUUCGUUAUUGAGUCUAAACAUCACAAAAAUGUUUGAGUUCCAAACAUUCGGUUUUUUUCCAGCACAAAAUUAAAUGUGUAUCUGCAAUCUGAGCAGCAUAUUACAUUCGAUAAGAGAGCACUUUCAGAUUAAAAAAGAAAACACAAUGAAGGCUGCUGGGUUUUGGUGUAAAAUGAAGACGUGAGUGUGAUAGUCAAAGUGUCCAGAAGAACUGGGGCUGGUUCUGUAAGAUGCUCAGUAAAACCUACAGCUCAUUUCCGCAUAAAACUGCACUCACUGGAUGUGAGAUGACCAUUUCCCCCUUUUUAAAAAAAAAAAAAAAGCAAAGGGUCGUCUCACACCAAAUAUUGACUUUAUUUAUAGUAUUUUUUCAUGUUGAAACAUUAAACAUUAAUUUCAUUAUUUUUAAGCCAUUUUUGGUCGACAGCAUUUCUUUGCAUGUGUCUAAGCCUUUUGCAAAUCAAGUUUGUAGUCCAGCCAAGUUCCUCUUGCUUAAUCUGUUAAACUCUUAACCUCCUCUAAAUGUUACUCCAGUUCUCUCGUUGAAACGACAUCUUCAGCACUUUUUAAAGUUGACGUCAGUCAGCAGUGUUCUGGCAAACUUUGUUUAAAAGCACCCCGAGAUGUUAAAAAGCGCUUCGUCUAGUUUCGGGUACUUUCUGAAUUCCUGCUCUGCAGUAAUAAUCAGGUCGACGUCGUUGUUGUUGGGGACCAGCGUUAGAGAUAAUGAACCAUACAUACAAUCAAGCACAUAAAGCAAUUUCACACUCACUGUAUAGUCUUGGACUCAUUUUAUUCCCCUGAUAGCGUGUAUUGUGUCGGACCUGUAGUGUUGGUGUCUAGCACAGAAUAAUCACAAUAACCAUGUCGUCACCCCUGAUCAAACGGAUUAAUCAGCCUCCAUUAUGCUGUAUUUAUGAGACUGAAAUGACUUUGUUGCUAUUUUCUCCACGUCGUCAUCGUUGCCCUCCUGUUCUGGCUUUAUCCUUCUGUUCGCUCUUCCACCUUCCUGUUACUGUAUUGUACUGUUUAAGUUCUGUAAAAGGUAUGUUCAUGCAGAUAUAUAUAAUACGAUACAUAUUUUUUAUUAAAAUUAACGAUUUUUAUCUUUUUCUAUAA